ACAGAAAGCAGGUAGACCCAGGUUGUAUGAUGGAGAGUAAGAGGAAGAGGGUAGAGGUGAAAUAGAUUGCGUAUGAAGAAUAGAAAGAAGUGGAAAUGAGAGUGUAUAAACAGAUGAUAUAAUGGAGCCAAAAAAAUGUAAUUGGGCAAACCAGGAGUAUUUGAUCAUUUAGGGAGAGGAAGUGUUGUCAAUUCUUGUCCUGCAACUACGCUCUUCAACACGUUCGAAUAGCAUUGAUUGGGAAGCAAAUGAAUCCAGAACCUCUGAAGAUUUCUCUCACUGCACCUUUCCCCUAGCCAAGGAAGUUGAAAUGGACCCGGGGGGCCCAUCGCCCCUCAUGCAUUUUGUGGUGGCGAAGAAGACGAUCAACGGUAUAUUUGAUCAGUUGCUGGAGUACGUCAAAGAGGGCUCAGAGUUUGUGGACGAGACAUGGCGAAGUGCGGAUCUGGAGCAGGUCGCAGUUGAGGAGCAGUGCCUUGAAAUCCAGACCUGUGCUAGGAAACUGGCCACCAUUCGGGAGGUGCUGGCGCGUAGGCACAUGAAGGUAGCCUUUUUUGGGAGGACGAGUAACGGUAAAAGCACGGUGAUCAAUGCCAUGCUGAGGGACCGGGUGCUGCCCAGCGGCAUUGGCCACACCACCAACUGCUUUUUGAGGGUGGAAGGGACAGACGGGGACGAUGCCUACCUCACCACCGAGGGCUCUGAUGACAGAAAAAGCGUCAAGUCAGUCAAUCAGCUGGCCCAUGCCCUGCAUAUGGAGCGCAGUCUAGACUCAGGCUGCCUAGUGAAGGUGUUCUGGCCCAAGUCCAGGUGUGCCCUGCUGAGGGAUGACCUCGUUAUUAUGGACAGCCCAGGGACUGAUGUGACCUCUUACCUGGACAGCUGGAUCGACAAGUUCUGUCUGGAUGCUGACGUCUUUGUGUUGGUGGGCAAUGCAGAGUCCACACUGAUGAACACAGAGAAGCUGUUUUUCCACAAAGUGAGCGAGCGAAUAUCCAAGCCAAACAUUUUUAUCCUGCACAACCGCUGGGAUGCCUCUGCGUGGGAGCCCGAGUACAUUGAUGAACUCCCUCAGGUGCGUAAGCAGCACAUGGACCGCUGUGUGAGUUUCCUGGUGGAGGAGCUGAGGGUGCUGAGACAAGAGGAGGCUCCAGGCCGGAUAUUCUUUGUGUCGGCCAAGGAGGUGCUCAGCUCCAGGAUGCACUGUGCCCAGGGCAUGCCCGAGACAGGUGGCGCUUUAGCAGAGGGAUUCCACGAGAGACUGAGGGAGUUCCAGAGAUUCGAGAGGACUUUUGAGGAGUUCAUCUCACACUCUGCGGUCAAGACCAAGUUUGAGCAGCACACGCUCAGGGCGUGGCAGAUCACAGAAGCAAUCAAAGCAGUCAUGGACGCCAUAAAUAUCGCAUCCGCCGAAAGGAAGAUAUUUUCCCUGGAGGACCGAGAGGACCAGAAGGACCGUCUAGAGUUUGUCAGAGGCCAACUUAACUGCCUGACCGAGAACGUCAAAGAGAAGAUCAACGCCAUAACAGAUGAGGUGGUGGCCAAGGUGACCGUUGCCAUGGCGGAGCAGAUUCGUGGUCUCCCAGCGCAGGUUGACGAGUUCAGCGCUGACUUUACACCACAUGCAUUGCCAAUCUACAAAGCAAAGCUUAUGAUGCAUGUGGAAGAGAGGAUGAGUGCAUGUUUGGCCUUUCGUUGUUCCACUGGGAUCAUUGGCCACAUGCAGUCAUGCCAGAAAAACAUGAUUGAGAAUAUUACACCUCUGCUGCCCCCUGAUGUCCAGGAGCAGUUCCACAUUCACCUACCCAGCAGGAAGUUUGUCCUUACCUACGACCUUAACCUGGCCACCCUCUGCGCCGACUUCCAGGAGAACAUCGACUUCCAGUUCUCUCUCGGCUGGACUGCCCUUGUCAGACGAUUCAUUGGGCCGAGCAAUGCCAAACGUGCCCUGACGGACAUGAACCAGAAGUUUCAGAAUACCUCUCCUACUGCACUCCAGGCACAUGGUGGAACCAGCCUACAGGACCACAUGGUCCUUUCAAUGGCAACAGGUGUUGUGUCACUCACCUCCAGAGCCUCCAUGACUGUGCUUGUCAUUGGCGGAGUGGUGUGGCGCUCAGUGGGCUGGAGACUCGUCGCCCUCUCCGCAACACUUUAUGGCCUGCUCUACCUGUACGAGAAGCUGACGUGGACCAACGCCUCCAGGGAAAGGGCUCUGAAGCAGCAGUUUGUGGAGUUCGCCAUCCACCGACUUCGGGCCAUCAUCCCCUUCACCAGUGGGAGCUGCAGCCAGCAGGUUCACCAGGAGUUGGCAACGACCUUUGCCCGUCUGUGCCAGCGGGUUGACCUGAGCGAGGUGGAGCUGGAGGGGCACAUUCGACUGCUGAGUGGCAGGAUCCAGAGACUGGAGAACGUCCAGCGCCGCUCAAAGACUCUCAGACACAGAGCCACAGAUCUGGAGUCUCAGCUGGAGGCAUUCUCUGCCCAGUAUCUGCAGAAUCAGUGCUGAGUGAACAGAUCCUCACAAGGAGAUACAUUGAGGUUUUCAAUGGAACUGGUUCUGAAAUGGUCUGUGGUACCAUGAUCAUUCUAUACAAAAACUAUUCCAUUUACAAGAACCAAUUUAAAACCAAAAAAAACAGACAUUCCCACAACUUCCAAGGAACCAAAUGUUCUAGCUGGAUAGCAUCUGGAUGUGUCAUUGCUAUCGCAUGGGGCACAUCUCACACAGGUACAGUGCAUUCAGAAUGUAUUCAGACCCCUUGACUUUUUCCACAUUUUCUUAUGUCAGACUUAUUCCAAAAUGUAUUAAAUUGUUUUCAUUUCAUCAUCAAUCUACACACAAUGACGACAAAGCAAAAACAGGUGUUUAGAAAUGUUUGCACAUUUAUGAAAAACAAUGAAAACUGAAAUAUCACAGUACUCAGACCCUUUACUCAGUACUUUGUUGAAGCAGCUUUGGCAGCGACAUCUGUAUUUUGGGAGUUUCCCCCAUUUUUCUCUGUUGAUCCUCUCAAGUGGGAGUGGGAGUGUAGCUGCACAGCUAUUUUCAGGUUUCUCCAGAGAUGUUUGAUCGGGUUCAAGUCUGGGCUCUGACUGGGCCAUUCAAGGACAUUCAGAGACUUUGAAAUUGUCUUGGCUGUGUGCUUAGGGUUGUUGUCAUGUUGGAAGGUGAACCUUCCCCUUUGUCUGAGGUACUGAGUGUUCUGGGACAGGUUUUCAUCAAGGAUCUCUCUGUACUUUGCUCUGUUCAUAUUUCCCUUGAUCCUGACUAAUCUCCUACUCCCUGCCACUGAAAAACAUCCACACAGCAUUUAGGCCAAAGAGUUAUAUCUUGGUUACAUCAGACCAGAGAAUCUUGUUUCUAAUGGUCUGAGAGGUCUUUAGGUGCCUUUUGGCAAACUCCAAGAGGGCUGUCAUGUGCCUUUUACUGAGUAGUGGAUUCCGUCUGGCCACUCUACCAUAAAGGCCUGAUUGGUGGAGUGUUGCAGAAAUGGUUGUCCUUCUGGAAGAUUCUGCCAUCUUCACAGAGGAAGUCUGGAGGUCUGUCAGAGUGACCAUUGGGUUCUUGGUCCCUUCUCCCCUGAGUGCUCAGUUUGGCCAGUCAGCCAGCUCUAGGAAAGUCUGAUUGGUUCUUUUAAUUUUUAAUACAUUUGCAAAAACGUCUAAAAAAAACCUGUUUUCGCUUAAUCAUUGUGGGGUAUUGUGUGUAGAUUUAUGGGGGUGGGUGGGAAGUAUUGAAUCCAUUUUAGAAUAAGGCUGUAACGUAAAAAAAUGUGAAAAAAGUAAAGGGGUCUGAAUACUUUCCGAAUACACUGUAUACAGGGCCAGGCUGAAUCAGUAAAACAACAGGCAUAGUGCCAUACAGUAUUUUAUUUAGACAGUUGUGAAAUGACAGAGGGGUAUACAGACAGAUGGGAGUAACAGUAUGAAGUUUUAGGUCUCAUUUGACGUUUUAGGGCUAGAUUCAAUCAGCGCUAUAGUUCGCUAUGAGGUCAUUUCCAAUUGAGCCGACAUACGCAGCAUUUACCAUGAAUGCAGUCUCUGCGAAUACGGGAAAAUUGCCUUUAAAUUUGAAUUGCGCUAUAGCACUGAACUUUGGCAUUACGGAUUGAAUCGAGCCCUUAGAGUGAAGAAUGAACCCCGGUCUGCGGUGGGGAGAGGGAGUAUAUGUAUCUAGAGCCUGUGGUGUGACCGCUAGACUACGGGCUCUGCACACACCAUACAGUAUUGCCGUGAAGCCACUUUUGUUUUACAGAUGGGACCUGUUUUGACUUCUUAUGAUCUAAGUCAGUAGUAGUUUUUCACUCACAUUGUACAGUAUUUGUAGUUCAGGCUACUGAGUUUGAAAGGAAGCUCUUCUUCAGCUUUACAAACAUCAGUUAUUUUCCAGCUCAAAAACCAUGUUAGUGUUGACACACUUUAGCAAAAUAAUAGGAUAAAUAUAUGGUAUACGGUUCAUUUUGCUGCUAAGUUCUACAACCAGUUUUGUCACCUUUGUACCAAGUAAACUCAAAUGUAUUGUUCUUUAAUUUUUUGCACAUUACAUUUAGUAUAUUAGAGAGACACUGUUUAUUCAUGACUGUGCUUUUCAUCUUCACUCAAGUGAAGAUAUGAAUAAACAGACUUAGUUACUUCAUAUCGACUAAGUGCAAUAAAUCUGGCCAGAUA